CAGUGCAGUUUAUUCCAGCGUUGAAUCAAGUCUAUAAACAUGCAGUUGUCAAUUUCUCAGGCGUUCAUUGGCAUUUUAUUCAUAAGUUCAUUGUGUUGUGCGUACUCCGAUGCGGACCUAGAAGAUGAUAAGCUUAGGAUCAGAGAACUUAUACGUACCUCGCAGAAUGCAGAUGCCAAGAUCAGCAAUACCCAGGAGUUACUGGAAAUCUAUAGACGCAUCGCUCCCCGUUAUUCGGCCAGAGAUAGGGAGGGUAUCGAAAGGCUUAUUAGGGAGCAUACUGAUCAAACACUGAUAGAUGGAGUUCCAAUUCAAGGCGGCCGGAAGAGCAAGUACGUGAAAAAGGCCUUGAGUUCGGCUGUGACAGACUUAGCGACUGGCUUUUUCAAUGAGCUUGGUGCCUCGCUUUGGAAUCUGAUAGCCCGCACACUUAAAAUAGAAAAAUAAGUGUAACUUAAAUAAUUUAUAUAUGAACUGUAUACCAGAGAUAACGAAGAAUUGUUAGAAUCUGUUGAUCCUUGGACGAUAUUCAACUCAAAUGUAUAUGAUGUAUAUUCUGUUUAUAAAACUACUUUGUAACUAAAA